UUGUUUAAGCGAAUCGAAAUGCCUUUUCAAGUCCAGGAAAAGCAACAGGAAAUCAUUUUUAUUUGAUAUUAAUUUUUAAUUUUUAAUUUUAACUUUAUCUCUAAAAUACUUUUUAUGUAUUUAUUUAGGUUAUUCAGCUACUGGUUAUUUUUUCAGCAGCACAGCAGGCAGAGACUGUAGUAAGCAGGAGGCACAGAGAGUCUGUAAAUGGUGGAAGUACGUGAAAGAAUAAAAGAUGUUUCUUUGGCGGUUUCAUUUUUUGUUUUGCAGGUUUUGAGUUUUUAGAGUUUCAUCCUUACAAUUUUUUACUGAUGGCAGUCUAUUUAAAUUCCAUGGCAUUUAUAAGUAGACGUGGCAUUUAGUGUUAGGAGAUAUCGCAUUUGUAGAAUAUAAGCAUUUCUAAGUUCAGGAGAUAAAUAGUGGCUUCAUUGGAUAAAAAGGAGGCGAACAUAAGCACUCCAUGUUUUGCUUAGGGCGGGGAAAAGAAUUGGUAUUUAAAACCCUAGCUAGACAAAGAGAUUUUAUACAGGUGUAAAUGCCAAUUUAAUCUCUUAGUUAUAUUUCAUUUCGAGAAAUGAAUAGCAGUGGCAGAGGAAUUUUAGUUUGGUCUUAGGUGAAAUUUAGGAAAAAGCCAGCAUUGGUAAUGCCUGGCAACUCCGGACUCGCUUGAGUUUGAUAUUUAGUAACUAAGCUUUUAAAUACAACUGCAAGAGUGGUUAAGUGGGUCGGGAGCUGGGCAUAUGCUGAAAGAAACACGUAGCGUUAGUAUUGUAGUCUAUGCUGAUAGAUGGGGAAUGCACAAUUCUGGUUAUUUUAAAUUUAUAUACGGAAAAUUUCUUAGUGGCUUUGAAAUCUAUGAAUGGAGGGCAGAGAGUCCGUGGGGUUGAGUGGUCCUGCGUCUUUUGGUGCACUUUUGCAGCAGCAGCAGCAGCAGCAGAGAGGAGUAGGCUCUCUACAUAAUAGUAGUAGUAGCGGUAUGGCGGCACCUACUGCAUCGACACCUGCUGCAGCUAUACAUUCCCCAGCAGCAUUGAGGCCUGCAGUGACCAUUGCUUCUACUCCCAGCAGUAAUCCUCUAUACGCAAGUGAUUCUUCUGCCGUGGUUGUUUCCCAUGGUGUCAACAUGGGUGUGGGAAUGGGGGUUGGUAUAGCACGCACUGAGCCACUUAAGAGGAAGAGAGGGAGGCCUAGAAAAUACGGGCCGGAUGGAAGUAUGGCAUUGGCUUUAGCUCCAUUGACUCCUUCAGUUCCAGGAUCGUUUUCCGCUUUGCAGAAGCGGGGUAGAGGGCGGCCACCUGGGUCAGGCAGGAAGCAGCAGUUGGCUGCUCUUGGAGAAUGGCUUGCAGGAUCAGCAGGUGUGGGUUUCACUCCACAUGUUAUAACAAUAGCCACAGGAGAGGAUGUUUCAUCAAAAAUAAUGUCAUUUUCGCAACAAGGCCCCAGAGCAGUAUGCAUUCUUUCAGCAAAUGGUGCUAUUUCAAAUGUGACACUUCGUCAGUCUGCAACUUCCGGUGGCACUGUGACAUAUGAGGGCCGCUUUGAGAUACUCUCCUUGUCAGGCUCUUUCUUGCUCACUGAGAAUGGUGGAACACGAAGUAGAACUGGUGGGCUAAGUGUUUCAUUGGCUGGUGCUGAUGGCCGUGUUAUUGGUGGAGGGGUGGCUGGAAAUUUAAUGGCAGCCAGUCCGGUGCAGGUGGUGGUAGGUAGUUUCAUUUCAAAUGGCCGAAAAGCUCAGGCUAAACCAGCAAAUCUUGAGCCUUCCAUUGGCCUGUUACAGGCCGGAAAUUCUGGUGGUGUAGUAGCUCCCAUCCCCCUUUCUAGAGGACCUAUGAAUGACUCCUUGGGAGCUAAAUCUGGUGCUCCUAGUAAUCCUUUGUUGAAUCAAGGUACUGGAGCUUCUAUUGGUAACAAUACUAGUCAGCAACAAGUUCGGAAUGUUGCCAAUUUUCAGUCCAUGGGCUGGCCAGGCUCACAGUCUAUGAGUGAAAUAAGGCGUAAUACAGACAUCAAUAUCCCUUUGCCUGGUGGUUAACUAAGAACUUGAAGCUUUUAGAAUCAGAUUCCCCGGCUUAAGUAUUGACCACUGUUUGAUGAUACCAUCGACUUCAGAAGGACUAAAGGCUAGGUGUGAAUUAUCUUCUGCUCAUUUUUAAUUGUUGUUUAAAGUUCAUUAAUUUGUGUGCACUUUUGAGAACUAACCCAGAAAAGAUGUAAUCCUUGGAGAACAGUUAAACCAGCUUAGCAAGCUGAACUCCAUUAUAUUUGAUGUAAAGCUAAAAAGCUAUGAUUGUAGUUUUAAAUUGCUUUUGGAUCACCGAUGAGCUUGUUUUUUGCUCUUCAAAGGACUAACAUUGCCAUUCAUAAGGCACAUGUUUGCUGGGGUCUAUGUGGACGAUGUAUUCCCCUUAAUUUAUAAGUUGUGUUUAUGAUAUUGCAGUUCAUACAGAGCUGGGUUCAUCAA